AUGCACUGCUCCGAAGAUCCGUCCGGAAAUUUCUCCUGCGUGACCGGCGACUGCGGAUCCGGAAAGGUCGAAUGCGCCGACUCCGUCACGGCGGCGAUUCCGGUUACUCUGGCUGAGAUCGCACUCGACAGCUUCAACGGGAUGGACGUCUACGACCUGAGCCUCGUGAAAGGAUACAACUUGCCGAUCCUGGUGGCGCCACCACAAAUUGCAGCAAGGCGGAGUGCGAGUAAGGACACGCAGCAAGAACAUACUAGUCUAAAUAUUCACAACAACUUCUGCAAUCAAGAUGAUGUAGAGAGAGAAAAUGCUUGCAACGCCUGCUCCGACGUCUCCUCCUCGCACCGCAACUCCUGCAGCACCAUGGAGGUCGGCAGCGUCGGGAGAGUCUCGUUUUUAAUCGAGAACGACCAGACCGAUCAGCCUCCCAAGCAUGCGCGAGAGGAGAGAUCGGAGCAGGUCAUAUUCCUGCUGCGGAGCGCCAGCAGCUGCGUCGAGGUGAAGAAGACCAACGGAUUUUGGAUUGAAUUUGCAAUGACGUAA